UCCCCUCGCCUCACACAGCAAUCGAAUCCAAGCAUCCCCAAUUCCCCAAACCCCAAGCACCUCCGCAGCCGCAGCACCACCGAUGGCGCCCAAGGCGGAGAAGAAGCCGGCGGCGAAGAAGCCCGCGGAGGAGGAGCCCGCGGCGGAGAAGGCGGAGAAGGCCCCGGCGGGGAAGAAGCCCAAGGCGGAGAAGCGCCUCCCCGCCGGCAAGUCCAGCGCCGGCAAGGACGGCGAGGGCAAGAAGGGCAAGAAGAAGGCCAAGAAGAGCGUCGAGACCUACAAGAUCUACAUCUUCAAGGUGCUCAAGCAGGUGCACCCGGACAUCGGCAUCUCCUCCAAGGCCAUGUCCAUCAUGAACUCCUUCAUCAACGACAUCUUCGAGAAGCUCGCCGCCGAGGCCGCCAAGCUCGCCCGCUACAACAAGAAGCCCACCAUCACCUCCCGCGAGAUCCAGACCUCCGUCCGCCUCGUCCUCCCCGGGGAGCUCGCCAAGCACGCCGUCUCCGAGGGCACCAAGGCCGUCACCAAGUUCACCUCGUCUUAGUUAGGUUUGCCGCCUCUUGUGGUGCCAGUACUAGUUCGGUUGGGUGCUGCUGCUAGACCUGGCUCCCUCGGUUUAAUUUAUCUGGUAGAAGUAGUACUAUCAUCAGCAGUGUCGAAUGGAAAUGGAUGGUUAGUGUGUAGUUGUAUGAAUUGUGUACCUAAUCUGGAACAUCAAUGGUGCCUGUUCUGUUCUAUUAACUUUUGUUCAUCUGUUCA